AUGGCCCCCGCAUCCCCCGACCACCCUCUCAACGAGAACGGCAUACCGCCGUUCGAGGCCCUCCCGCUCGGCAGAGGCAACCCCAGGUUCUCGGCCUGGGGCCUCUACGGCGACAAGGACGAGUUGGGGACGCUCAACAGGCUGACCAACGAGCGCGUCGCUGCCGCGGCCAGGAACGAGAUCAAGACCGGCGCAAGAGUCUCCCUCAACUGGUCCCUCACGGCACAGCCGGCCCCGUUCUUCGCCCGCCGCGCCUUCCACCACGACCUCAUCCACAAGCGACCGCGCUGCGUCAACGACGACGUCUGGACCUUCAAUUCGCAGUCCUCCUCGCAGUGGGACGGGCUGCGGCACUUUGGCUACCAGAAGGAGGAGAAGUUCUACAACGGCGUCUCCAUGCACGACAUCCACGCAGUUGACGACGAGGGACGGCGGUCGACCGUCAACGGUAUACAGGCAUGGCAGAAGUACGGCAUCGUCGGCAGAGGCGUCCUCGCGGACUACCACAGCUGGCGCCUCGAGCAGGGCACCCCCUACGAUCCCUUCGCCCGCGACUCCAUCCCCGUCUCGGACCUGGUGGCAUGUCUCGAGGCACAGGGGACACAGGUCAGCUUCGGCGACAUCCUCUUCACGCGAACAGGCUUCAUGGCCGCCUACGCCGCCAAGUCCCCCACCGACCUCGAAAGCUACCGGACCGCCACGCCGCAGACCUUCAGCGGCGUCGCCCAGUCCGAGGAGACGCUCCGCUGGGUUUGGGACAACUUCUCGGCCGUCGCCGGGGACCAGCCGACCUUUGAGUGCUGGCCCCACCGUGACCCGGAGCACUGGAUGCACGAGGUCCUGCUUGCCGGCUGGGGUAUGCCCAUCGGCGAGCUCUUCGACCUCGAGGCCCUUGCCGAGUGGUGCCGUGAGGAGAAGCGAUGGAGCUUCUUCGUCGCCAGCGAGCCGUGCAAUGUCCCCGGCGGGGUCGCAAGGUGA